AUGGGAAGCGAUGGCGUGAGAAAACCAAGAUUCUUGUGCCUUCAUGGGUUUCGAACAAGCGGAGAAAUAUUGAAAACGCAGCUACAUAAGUGGCCACAAUCCGUUCUCGACCACCUUGAUCUUGUUUUUGCGGAUGCUCCUUUUCCUUGUCAAGGCAAAUCUGACGUCGAAGGCAUUUUUGACCCACCUUACUACGAGUGGUUCCAGUUCAACAAGGAAUUUACAGAGUACACCAACUUUGACGAGUGCCUUAAGUACAUCGAGGACUGCAUGAUCAAGCACGGACCUAUUGAUGGGCUUCUUGGUUUCUCACAAGGGGCAAUAUUAUCAGCUGCUCUGCCCGGUCUUCAGGAGAAGGGUGUGGCACUGACGAAGGUUCCGAAAGUGAAAUUCAUUAUUAUAGUAGGAGGGGCAAAGUUUAGGUCACCUUGGGUGGUGGAGAAAGCAUAUUCCUCACCCAUUCGCUGUCCCUCUCUUCAUUUUCUAGGUGAGACAGAUUUUUUGAAAAAGUAUGGAAUGGAACUAGUUGAAUCCUGUGAUGAACCUGUGGUGAUUCACCACCCCAAGGGCCACACAAUACCAAGAUUAGAUGAUAGUAGCUUGAAGACCAUGAUGGAUUUCAUCGAAAGGAUCAAGAAAGACGUCUAA